UCAACACAGUUCCGCAUUUUAAACCGGCAACCUUUUUUAGAUUUUUGAUAAGUUUGUUAAGUGUUUAAGAAGAAUUAUUUUCGAUUUUGUUUCCGUUGUCCCCUCUCUCACUCCCCCCGAAUUUGUUUUGGUGUUUUUUUCUCGCUGGUUUUGGUGUCUGCCCCUCCCCCGUCGUGGUGUUUGGUGUUCUGUUCGGCUCCACGUUUUCCCGCGGUUUCGCAUCGUACUCAUAACAGUGUCCCGAGUUGAAUUUUUUCGAGUUUAAAUUUGGUUUUCUCUGUUGUUGCCCGACGACCGGCCUGGAAGUCGCGGUUCAUGUUGUUACGCUGUUGAAGUUCGCUAAGAUAUUAUUUUCUCGACUCGUUCAGGUGUUCAGAGUGUAAUUUUUUUUAUUUGUUGGAAAGUUGUACGGGUCUCCUCCAAAAAAGAUUUACAGGCCUAUACCUCAAGUGUCUUGUCUAACUGGAUGAGUCUCCCGCCAUUUUUCGAAUCGAACUAAAAUGAACUAAACAUUUUUACGACCUCUCAGACUUUUCCCCGAAAGGGAUGAUCGAGUUGACGAGAACUUGUGAGUAAGCUCUGGACUUUGGUCUGCGAGUGGACACUUUCUAUCGGAUUGUACUACUUCAGAGAAUAUCGUAACCGUAGUGCGUUUACCUUGAAGUACAAAGCUUAGUUACUUAUUUAGUGUAGAGUAGUAAGUUUUCGAGUUCGCACCGGUCUCGUGUUGGACGCCGCGUGAUCUGGAGCUUCUCUGCGUGGAUUUCCGUCGCCGCCAAAAUUGCAACGUUCAGCCUCACAGAAGCCUCGGAUCCCCUUUAUGAUCCCGAAGGUUGCGCUUUCCUGACGUACGCGAGCAAGGAGAGUGCUGCGGUCGCCCAGCGGGAGCUCCAUGAGAAAAGGACAUUGCCUGGGAUGAGCCGUCCUAUACAAGUGAAGCCAGCCGACAACGAAAAUAGAGGAGAACGGAAGCUUUUUGCUGGGAUGCUCAGUAAACAACAAACAGAGGAAGAUGUCAAACAGUUAUUUGCACCUUACGGAACAAUAGAAGAGUGUACUAUUCUUCGAGGUCAAGACGGAUCUAGUAAAGGUUGUGCUUUCGUCAAGUUUAGCUCACAUUUAGAAGCACAAGCAGCUAUCAACUCUCUUCACGGCAGUCAGACUAUGCCUGGAGCCUCCUCUAGUCUGGUAGUGAAAUUUGCAGACACGGACAAAGAGAGACAGCUACGACGCAUGCAGCAAAUGAGUGGAAACAUGCAGUUGCUCAACCCCUACGUAUUCAACCAGUUCGGAGCUGCCUACGGCGCCUUCGCACAGGAUAGUAUUCAAACUCAUCCCGUGGCUUAUGUCUUAAUGACCGAGUCACGGGAAACAUCCACGACCCACAAUCAAGAUGCAACAACCAAGCAGCAAGCAGCGCUGAUGGCAGCAGCACAGAAUUCGUAUCUGAAUCCAAUGACAGUCCUGACUCAUGCCACACUCAACGGAGUUGGCAACCCAGUUGUUCCUCCUACAACAGUUGCAACUGGUGGAGCACAAGCUGUCAAUGGAACUCUUCCCAGUUUGCCAUCGCCGACAAUCCCUAAUUUUGGCAUCACUGCACAAACGCCAAAUGGGACACCUACUGCAGCGACCGAAUCUGUUUAUACAAAUGGUUUACCUCAAACAUACCCGGCUCAUGCCCUUCACCUCUCUAUACCGACUGCAGGGUUGACGAAUGGGGAUACAGCUGCACUUCAGCAUGCUGCCUUCACAGGAAUCCAGCCCGCUGCCUACCCUAGUGUUCCGGCAUACUCAGCGGUCUACAGUCAGUAUCCUCAGGCGAUUGCCCAACCAUUACCAACAGUGUCUGCUUCUCAGAGAGAAGUGUGCUGUUUCCCAGGUUGUUCAAUUUCUGGCCCAGAAGGAUGCAAUUUAUUUAUAUAUCAUCUACCUCAGGAAUUCGGUGAUGCUGAAUUAAUGCAAAUGUUCCUGCCUUUUGGAAAUGUCAUUAGUUCUAAAGUAUUUAUUGAUAGAGCCACAAAUCAAAGUAAAUGUUUUGGUUUUGUGUCGUUUGACAACGCAACAAGCGCUCAAGCUGCCAUUCAAGCCAUGAACGGGUUCCAAAUCGGAAUGAAACGGUUGAAGGUCCAGUUAAAACGUCCAAAAGAUGCCAACAGGCCUUACUAAUUUCAUAUUUUGCGCAGUUAUAGAAGAGUUGAUCAGAUGGGCUCUUCAUGACAUUAUGGAAAGAAAACAGUGGUGAAUAGUACAUAGUUCACCAGAUCAUCAUCACCCAGGCUGGAGAUCAACUUAGGAAUAGUAACCAUGGCAGUUUUUUUCCUGACCAACAAACGGAAGUGGUAAAAAACCUAAAUAAUCCACUUUUACGGAGGACAGGGUGGGCUGUCAGUGUUUCUAGUCAUUUCACUUGACAUUUAUCUAGUCUUUAGCAUUUACAAAUCUUUUUAAACUGUAAUAUCAUCUUGCCAAAAAUUGUCUUUACAUGGAAUCGUUAUUUUAAUUAUUUUGAAAAGGAGGGGAUAAAAUAAUUUUUUUUUUUUUUUUUGUUUAAUCGAAAUAAUGGGCAAUAUUAGACUUUGUCUUGAAUUUGCAUACACUUCUUUGCUCUGAAUUCUGCAUAAAAAAUGUUGUGUCUUUUCUUCUCUUUUUAGUUUGAGUAUUGAUCAAAAUAAUUUUAUAUUUUAGAGCCCGAUAGUGAAAGGUAAUAAAGAAAAAUAUGUGUGUUCCAUGUAAAACUGAACUUAUCCAUCAUAACAUUUCUACAAAAUUUGCCUAUUUAUCUGCUUUUUAUAAGAAUCUAUUUCUAAUAAGAGUAGUCUCGACCUUGCUCCUAUUGUUUUAUUAGUUUUUUUGUUGGUUUUUAUUAUUUUUAUUCAAUAUCUUUUUUUUUGCAAGUUCCUCUGAUCUGAAGACAAUUAUGCGCACAAAAUGGUUUGAUGAACGUUUUAUCUCAAACGUCUGUUGAGUUUCCUCGGAAAAAAUCUCUUAAAAUUGAAAGUUUAUUUUUACUAACUGUGUUUUCAGUCAAAGUUAAAAGGAAGCCUGUUCGUUAUUCAAUGUUUGAAUAUACGAGCCUGAUCACAGCUUGCUGCUCUAGGAGAAAUUUAAUCAUAAUGUGACCUUCAUGCCAAUUAAUUUACUUGUACUGUCGAUGCAUUUUUAAAAAUUGAAAAUAUUAUUUAUUUACUUAGAUCAAUUUAGUAUUCUUUCCACUUUACAAAUUUUUAAAACUAUUUCUAGUCAAUAAAACAUAUUUUUAUUCCCUUAAGAAAUUAUAUUUAGAGAAAUUACUUGUAAAAUAAAACUAUAACAUUAAGACCUGUAAGGUAUUCAAACCAACUAUCGUACUAAACUCAUUCCUUUAUCCCGAGCUGUGUAUAGUUAUUUUAGUACGAGUGCAUAUUAUGAUAUAGUCCUGAACUUAUCUAAAAGUGUUUUAUCAUUGAAACAUUUGUACAUAAUUUCCUGGUUUUAAAUGUGCUUUUUAUUUACUCUUUCCAAAUUUUUACUCAUCAUCAAACAAGGUCUCCAGAAAUUUUCUUACCUUCCACUUUCUGACAUGUCACAAGAAAAGCUACAUAGUUACAAUUUUUCUCAUCUGAGUCAUUCAUAUAAAUGAAUGCAUCCAAAGAAUAGGUCUCAUAAACAGCACAUAUGUAUCAUUUAUCAAAUGUUUGAAUGACUUGUACCACAAUUUGACAAGCAACCCAGGAUUUGUAUUACCUUGCUCACUUAAUUAGAUAUUGAUCAUUUUUGGUGUCUUUUAUUGGUAGAUAAGGUGUCUUCUCAAAAAAUUCUUGAUCCAGGGAACUCAUCUUGACGUAAACUUUUACAUUCCCGAUCAUGUGAAAAAGAUAUGAAUAGAGGAGGCACAUCAGAACUCUAGAUGAGGAAAAAUUGAAGCUAUGCAUUGCAGAUGUUAAUGUUACACUUCCAUCCAUCUUGAAGAAAAUUGCACAAUCUUUGAAAGGUUUAUAGGCUCUUGCAAACGAGCACUUGGAGGUAAUUUUUUUUCAGCAGUUGAAUGUUUAUUCCUGAAAGUGUAUAUACUUACUUCAGUAAUUACGAGCUUAUGUAUUGCCUACUUGUUAAUGUUAAAAUGACAGAAGUAUAAAAUCUUCGCAACUAUUUCUGCUACAUUAUUUUGAAGUGCAGGUGAAAUUUUUAAUCUCACCUCCCCAAAUAACUAUUUAAGUAAUCCCAACCUUUGUCGCUAUGCUUUAAAAAGAACCAUAGAGUAAAGAAAGGAAAGAAAUGAAUUGUUACAUGUUCUUGGAAUUACUCAGAGCGAGAUUGAGAAAGAUUUGCUUCUCUCUCUGCUCGUAAGACAACAUUCAAGUGAUAUUUUUGGAAUUAUGUAUUCAUAUUUCUGUGACUUUUUUUCCCUGGUCCAUGCAUUAACUGCAUUAUUCAGUUCUUUCUUUAUCUUGUUACUGGGAUUAGAAGAGUCAGCGCUGGCAUAAGGCAAGUGUUGGAUUUUUUCAAUUCAUUUCGUGUUUAUUUGUGUUACCUUUUUUUGUCACCUGAUACGGAGUGCAAAA